UUCCGAGGGACCUCGCAACAGAAAGCACGAAAAGAUGGAGCGGUUACUUAUUUGCAUUUUCACUUUUCUAUUAUGUUUUGUUCCUGAAAAUAUUGCAAAAAAAGGAUUCGGUCCUGGAGAACAAGAAUGGGGCUUUGUUCAAGUACGUCCCUAUGCAAACAUGUUUUGGUGGCUUUAUUAUACUACAGCAGAUGUUAAAUCAUAUUACGAAAAACCGCUUAUCAUCUGGUUACAAGGUGGACCAGGCGGAUCAUCGACUUCGUAUGGAAAUUUCGAAGAACUAGGACCUCUUGAUAUUGAUUUAUAUCCAAGAAAUUACACUUGGGUCAAAAAUUACAAUGUUCUCUUCAUUGAUAACCCCGUUGGUACCGGCUUUAGUAAGGCUGAAAAUAUAUCGGGAUUCGUGAAGACAAACGCUCAGAUUGCGAACGAUCUUUUAGAAUGUAUUCGAGGAUUCUACAAGGAAUUACCAAAAUUUAAACCUGUUCCAACGUAUAUUACUACUGAAUCGUACGGUGGAAAAAUGGGCGCGGAAUUUGCGCUUGUCUGGAAUCGAGCCCAAAAUGCUGGCAUUAUUGAAAGUAAUUUAAAGGGAGUUGCACUUGGGGACGCUUGGAUUUCUCCUAUCGAUUCUGUAAUGACAUGGGCGCCAUAUCUACUCAACAUGGGUGUAAUUGACAAAGAAGAUUUUAAAGAAAUUGAAGCUGAUACAAAAGUGUUAAAAGAAAAAAUAGAAACAGGUAAAUGGAAAGAAGCAACUGAUUAUACCAGUUAUAUGCAAGCUAACAUUUCUAGAAAAACUUACAAUGUUGACUUCUACAAUAUUUUGUCAAAGAUAUAUCUAUGCUCACAUUGUUUAUCACCGCUUUCGGCUGGAGAUCCUAUUUUUCGAUAUUUUAUUCAAGUUGGGACUCAGUCACUUUAUGAUUUGAUGAAUGGCCCAGUAAAAGAAGCGCUCGGACUUAAUAUUACUCAUAUUAUCCAAUCUGGCAAAGUUUACGAUUUCUUAAGAGAAGAUUUUAUGAAACCUGUUACUAAUAUAGUGGAGCAAUUACUUAAUGAAACCAAUUUGAAUGUAUUCGUAUACAACGGACAAUUGGAUUUAAUUGUUGAUACACCGGGCACUCUUCGUUGGAUAGAAAAAUUAAAAUGGAAACACAUUGACACCUGGAAAACCUCCAAGAGGCAUCCGCUCAUCUCUCAAGAUAUCAUCGAGGGCUACUUCAAAGCUUACCAUAAUCUCAGGGUGUACUGGGUCAAUAGAGCCGGACAUAUGGUUCCAGCAGACAAUCCAGCUGCUAUGGAAGUGAUACUACAGCAUCUGACAACCUGACAUGUCAGUAACAAUAUGAGCAAAAAUUAGUUUUUAUAUCAUAAACAAAAGCAAAAAUUAGCUUUCAUAUUUGUAAAUAUAAAAACUAAAUAUAUGAUCUAGAUGAUGCUAC